AUGUCAGCAAAAGGAAAAACUGGUCGAAAGAAGGCUGUGAAGGGAACCUCGAAUUCUGCAAAGGCAGGACUACAAUUCCCCGUUGGAAGAAUUGGAAGAUAUUUGAAAAAAGGAAAAUAUGCAAAGAGAGUAGGAGCAGGAGCACCUGUAUAUUUAGCAGCAGUUUUGGAAUACUUGUGUGCAGAAAUUUUAGAACUAGCUGGAAAUGCGGCAAGAGAUAAUAAAAAGUCAAGAAUAACCCCAAGGCACAUACAAUUAGCUGUUAGAAAUGACGAAGAAUUGAAUAAGUUUUUAGCAGGUGUUACUUUUGCCUCAGGAGGAGUAUUACCAAAUAUUCAUAAUGUAUUAUUACCAAAGAAAUCGCAAUUGAAAUCUGGUGGAACUGCAAAUAAUGACUAUUAA